CUUUCUCGUCGCCGACUCUAUGUAAAUUGAGUCUAUCAAGAAUAAGUCGGCAAACAAGCUUCUUCGGCGCCGACUCCGACUUCGUCAUAUAUUUAGUUAUCUCUAUUCCCUCGUGCUUGCCUUCCCAGGGGCAUUUUCGGUAUUUUAUCAGGUAAGAUUUCCUACGUGGGGAGUGAAACAUACCGCGGAAAAAUUUUCGAGAGCCCGAUGGACGCUCUUCUCCUUCCUCCCAGAGUUCCAUGGUGCAUGCCUUGAGAAUAUGGAGCACGAAUCCUCGCCUCUCUUUCCCUUCAAUGAUGCCUCGUCGUCUUCUUCGAUUCAUCUCAACUGCUGCUACCCUACCCAUAUAUCGGCACCCCGUACUAGACGUCUCCAGCUACAACGCCAGGAUACAGGAGCUCGCUCGGCUCGGUCAUGUCGACGAAGCGCGCCGCGUUUUCGACGGAAUGGCUCGCCGGAGCACCGUGAGUUGGAACUCCAUGAUCUUUGGCUACUGCCACAACGGCAUGGUCGAGGAGGCGCGCUCUCUGUUCGACGCCUUCGCGGGCAAAAACACUCGGACGUGGACCAUCUUGGUCUCGGGAUACGCCAAGACCGGGCGCUUGGGCGAGGCCCGCUUCCUCUUCGACUCGAUGCCGGAGCGGAACACCGUUUCCUGGAAUGCGAUGAUCAGUGGGUACGUUCAGAACGGAGACAUCAAAGUGGCUCGGAAGUUGUUCGACGAAAUGCCUGAGAAGAACGUCACAUCGUGGAACUCGAUGAUCACCGGGUAUUGCCAUUCCCAUCAGAUGGACGAGGCGCAAAGCCUAUUCGAACGGAUGCCUGAGAGGAACUUCGUGUCCUGCACUGUGAUGAUAUCUGGGUAUGUGCAGAUUGAUGAACACGCGAGGGCUUGGGAGGUUUUCCAUAAAAUGCUUUGUGAAGGGGUGAGACCUGACCAGGCCAGCUUCGCAGCUGCUGUUUCAGCAGUGAUGGGUCUCCGCAACCUCAAACUGCUGGAGAACCUUCGCACGUUGGCGAUCAAGACGGGCUUUGAGGUGGAUGUAGUUGUGGGAACGGCAAUUCUUAAUGUGUACACACGAAAAAGUAAUGAGUUGGUCACAGCAAUGAGGUUUUUUGAGGGUAUGACGGAGAGGAAUGAGUACACAUGGUCAACAAUGAUUGCUGCACUCUCACAGGUUGGGCGGCUGGAUGAUGCUUUGUCCAUCUAUGAGAGAGAUCCCACAAAGUCUAUUGCCUGUCGGACUGCAUUGUUGACAGGCUUUGCGCAGAAUGGCAGGAUUCACGAAGCACGUCACCUAUUUGAACAAAUUCCUGCACCAAAUGCGGUAUCUUGGAAUGCCAUGAUUGCUGGGUAUGCACGGAACAGCAUGCUUGAUGAAGCUAAAGAACUAUUCAAUCUAAUGCCUUCCAGGAAUACAAUCUCGUGGGCGGCAAUGAUUUCUGGUUGCGCACAAAACGGAAGGAAUGAAGAAGCUUUGGAACUGCUGCAGGAACUUCAUAGGGCUGGCAUGUUGCCUAGCCUUUCCAGUUUUACCAGUUGUUUCUUUGCUUGUGCUAACAUGGGAGCUCUUGAGGUUGGAAAGCAAUUACACUCGCUAGCAAUAAAGGCGGGGUCUCAGUUAAAUACCUAUGUGUGCAAUGCCGUCAUUACUAUGUAUGCCAAAUGUAAUAACAUGGAAUAUGUAGAUCAAGUGUUCAGCCGGAUGAAAGUAAGGGACACAGUAUCUUGGAACUCUUUGAUAGCUGCUUUCGCGCACAAUUACAUGUUAGAGGAUGCCAGAAAUGCUUUUGAUAAAAUGCCUGAUAGAGAUAUCGUUUCUUGGACUGCGAUAAUCUCUGCAUACGUGCAGGCCGAGCAUGGGCACGAAGCGCUAGAACUUUUCAUCAGAAUGAUGAGCGAAGGAAUUGUACCAAAUUCGUCAACGAUAACCAGUAUUCUUAGCACCUGUGGUAUGCAAGGUGCUGCAAAGCUUGGAAGGCAAAUCCACACCCUUGCAAUUAAGCUGGGUCAAGAUCUGCAACUUUUUGUGGGUAAUGCUUUAAUUACAAUGUACUUUAAAUGCGGUUGUGUAGAAUCUCUUCAGGUGUUUGAUUACAUGGAGGAGCGUGACAUUGUUACAUGGAAUUCCGUCAUCGCUGGUUGUGCCCAGCACGGCUUUGGUAGAGAAGCCAUUGAGGUUUUUGAGCUGAUGAAAUCUGAAGGAGAAGUCCCAAAUCAAGUCACUUUUGUUGGUCUCUUAUGUGCGUGCAGCCACGCUGGGUUGGUGGACAAAGGAUGGCACUAUUUCAAGUCUAUGAGCCAAGAUUAUGGGCUCAUGCCGCUUGAGGGGCAUUAUGCGUGCAUGGUUGACCUUCUUGGUAGGGCCGGCCACUUAUACGAAGCCGAAGCAUUUAUAGAGAAUAUGCCUAUUGAACCAGAUUCCGUAGUUUGGGGCGCACUUCUUGGUGCAUGUAGAAUUCAUCGGAAUGCAGAAGUCGGUAGACGGGUUGCAGAAAGGCUUUUCGAAAUGGAGCCAGAUAAUUCCGGCAAUUAUGUGCUGCUCUCAAACAUAUUUUCUUCUCUUGGGAUGUGGGAUGAGGUUGAAGAAGUGAGAAAGUUGAUGAGGCGUCGCGCAGUAACAAAAGAGCCAGGCUGCAGCUGGAUGCAGAUAAAGAAUAAAAUACACUCAUUUGUUACAGGGGAUAAGCAGCACGAACUAAGUGAAGAGAUAUAUGCUACUCUCAAGGAGCUGUAUGGUAGAUUGAGAGCUACGGGUUAUGUUCCUGAUACAAGUUAUGUUCUCCAUGAUGUGGAUGAGGAGCAGAAGGAGAACACUCUUCUAUGCCACAGUGAAAAGCUUGCCGUUGCUUAUGGCCUUUUAGCUACACCCGAAGGGACGCCUAUUCAGAUUAUGAAGAACCUCAGAAUAUGCGGUGAUUGCCACACUUUCAUCAAGUUCGUAUCAAAGGCUGCUGAGAGAGAAAUUGAUGUUAGGGAUGGUAACAGAUUUCACCAUUUUAGAGGCGGGAAAUGUUCUUGCGGGGACUAUUGGUGAUUCGAAAAGUUGCUCAACUAUGAGCUU